GAUUUCUUUUAAAGCCCCCUCUCUCCUCCGUCUCACCCAUUUCUAUUCAACUCAUCUCUCCUCCUACCACCACCUCCUCCUCCUCUUGCUCCUCUUCUUUUCAGCAUUUACUUCUCUCUUCAAUGUCAUGAUUGUUGAUGUUGUCCGAUCACAUCAAUCCAGACUCUUCAUUUCUUGAUGUUUUUGUGUGUAGAGACUACAAGGAGCUAUUCUAUGGAGAAAUCGUAUAUGGUGACAGAUUCUGAAGGUGGUUAUAGAUCGAUGGAAUCCAAUAGGAGGAAACGGAAAAAAAUGGAGUCGGGGACUCAGAAGGUGAAGAGGGGAGGGAGGUGGAGGACGGAAGCGGAGCAGCAGAUCUACUCAGCGAAACUCGUCGAGGCUAUCACCAAAGUGCGCCGUAGCUCUGCUCCUGCGGCGGCUGUACAUCGCGGCCGUGCGGUGAGGGAAGCGGCUGACCGUGUUCUGGCUGCGGCGGGGAAAGGAAGGACGCGGUGGAGUCGAGCGAUUAUGACGAGUCGAGUCGGGUUGAGGCUGAGGAAGAGGAGGAAGGUGACGGUGACAGGCAAUAACCGGUUGAGGAAGCCGGCGGUGAGCAAGCAGGAACCCCCGCUGAAGCGGCGAGUGCGCGUCCUCGGCCGGUUAGUUCCUGGUUGCCGGAAACUUUCGUUCCCGAAUCUUUUAGAAGAAGCGACUGACUAUAUAGCGGCUUUGGAGAUGCAAGUUCGAGCCAUGACUGCGCUAGCCGAGCUUCUCGCUGGCACCGGCGCCUCGAGCUCGAAUUUGCAGCCGCCGAGCUGCUAAGGCCACUGCCGAUCACGCCAGGCGUUAAUUACUUUUUUUUUUUUUUUUUCCCAAUCCUGUUUUUAUGAGAUUUAAAAUUCAUGUAUUUUAUUGUAUACAUCGCAUUGCCUCUUCUUCUUUCGGAGCUCCACUUCCUCAAUUUUUUUACUCCUCA